AUGGGGGGCCGCGCUGUUUCGCCCGGAGGGGCGCUGUUGAGAUCUUCUCGACUGUUCUCCCUCCCUAAGCCAUUGCCUGAGCCUCAGUCAACGAACCUGCACAUUGGCGAUCAUAAGUCUCCCACCAUGACACGACAAUACCCGCAGUACCAGUCUAUAACAUCACCGCUAUCGUCCCGAGAAAAGGGUGACUGGGGAUUCAAGCGACCAUUCCCUCUCAAGUCUACCCUGACAACGUCAACACCCUUGAUCCGAGUCAAGCAGGUCGAUUCCAUCGAGAGCGUUACCGACUUUGCAUCUGCUGCCGACCACACUCUUUCUCUCGAGAAAUUCCAGGAGAUGCGGAUUCCCCUCUCAAUUCCCAAAGGCAACGACAGAAGUGGUACAUCUAUGAGGAACGAUUCAUGGCGCAAAUCAGUCUUUGAGGAGGAUCUGGAUUUCACCGAAUAUCGUAAAGGCCGAAUUGACGACAAGCGAUGGAAGUUCCAGGGCCCUUGGCUGGCUAGGAUGACCGAGGGUGAUUUUAUCGCCUACCUCGACAAGAACGUUCGACCCAAGCGUUCCCAAUUCAGACAGUUGCUCAAGGAGAGACUUGUUGAAUCUAUAAACUCCCAACGAGCCAAGAAUGCCAUGGAGCAGGGUAACUCGACAGCUCCUAAAAUCAACAUCUCAGAGAUUACUGAGGACCAGUUCACAGACUACGUCCGCUCUUUACGAAGCGACCGUGCCACCCUUUACGGCCUGGUUUCUAAGUUCCUUGAUCUUGCUCCCCUUGGCCAGCCUGUAGGCAUUAUUCAGACUUUUCUUUCCGCCGGAGAGAAUGCGGCUGCCGAGAGCCCUUAUGGUAAAUCUGGACCUCCUCCUAGCCAUCCCUCUGCUGGUAUCAGCUAUCUGAGGACAAACUCUUACAUGGAGAACCACCCCGUCUAUGGGCCUCAGAAACAACGCACACCCACUCUCGCCCGAGUCGUAUAUCCCAGAGUUGGCCCCUCAUCUGCCAAACUUGGUGUUGGUGGUUUCGUAGCCGAUUCUCCUCCAGGAGACAACGAGUUCAACACCAGGAAUGCUCGUCUCAAGGUUUCAGUGAACAAGAAGAUGCUCACUGGUAUUACGCAGCUUGACACUACGACCUUUGGUGGUGCCAAGGCAUAUGUCAACCCUGAGACCGCAACCGUUGAUCCUAGUGGAAAGGUCAUUCUCCAGCUCCGAGAAGCCGGUACUGAGGCCCAACUUGUUGCAAGAGAGGCCCAAGGACGCACGAAGGUGUACAAUGCAUCAAAGCAAGCUUCUAAACAAGCCGAGGCUCCAGCUGAUCCUUGGCGAGCCGACCGAGUUGCCGAUGAGCUUCUCGGUGCGGCGAACGCCACUGCUCAGAGGGGUUCUGUGAGCAGCUCCAAGAACUAUGGUCUUGAUAGCAAGCAAUAA